AUAUUGGACUUUGGAUCUACUGACACAUUUUUGUUCGUUAUCUGCAACGCAUUCGAAACCUUACUCGCCAAUGUCCAAUAGUUUUUCCACAAGCUAGUAUAAACCGGUUAGCUUCUUUGCGCUCGAUUUUUGUUCCUUCGAUAACCUCACCCCCCAGCACACAAGGUAUCUUCCGGCUAAACGCAAACUUACAAAACGUUGAAGGAACACAUCCUUUCAUUUUAUAUAACUUUCCCGACAAGUUUUAUUUCCCAGUAACUGCUAUAUCUAUUUGGUGAUGCUUAGUGGUUGUUGCAGGUAUCGUUACCGUUGGAACCAUUUGAAUCUCCGCAAUUGGUUAGCUUUCUGGUGUUUUGGUUUGGGUAAUAAUUUCUCAUAUGUGAUCAUGUUAAGUGCGGCCGCGGAUAUUAUUCGAAAGCAGCAACAUUCACAAAUCGAAUUUACUAAGAACAUCAGUAUAUCUCACACAAAUUGCACAGAAAUUGGAACGGGUAGUGUCCUGUUGGCAGAUAUACUUCCGAGUAUGAUUUUCAAGUUUAUUUCUCCAAUAUUCAUACAAAAGCUUCAUUUCCAUUUAAAAAUUUUAUGUGCUGUCCUGCUGGCUAUUAAUAGUUUCUUGAUGGUCUCAUUUUCCCAGUCUUUCACUAUGAGUCUUUUAGGGAUUAUGUCGGCAAGUUUAUCAUCAGGAAUCGGAGAUGUUACUUUCUUAAGUAUGCUAGCCUUCUUUGAAAAAUCUUGUGUUUCAGCUUGGUCAUCUGGAACUGGUGCAGCUGGAUUAAUUGGUUCAUUUUGUUAUGUUGGUUUGACGUCAAUAACUACACCAGAAAUUACUUUAUGUAUUGUUAUUGUAGUUCCAUGUAUUACAUUGUUAGUGUAUUUCUUCGUUUUAAAUAGACCUCAUCAUGAAAAAUUUCGACUGUGCUUCAACAACCCUGUGGAUUUUUCAUCCGACAACUCUAGCAUGUCAACGGAGAGAAUAAAUGCAUUCGAGACCAAUGUUGAGGAGUCAGAGGAUAAUCAUGAUGGCGAUAUAGCUGAGGCUGCUAAUGCUAAUGAUGUAAUCACUCAUUCGGAUGGAUAUAUUCAACUGAGAAAUGAAGAUGACACAAUUGAUUGUUAUAAUCCACAAGUUUCAGAUGAUUCAUCUCCUGUUCUUUAUCAGCAACAGCCCACAUGGACAAUAAGAUUACAGUUAUUAAAAGCAAUGUAUGGUUUAUUAUUUUGUCUAGUGACAGUAUAUUUUUUCGAAUAUUUAAUCAAUCAAUCAUUGUUUGAAUUGCUUUACUUUCAAAAUACACGUUUAACUGCUCCGGAACAAUAUAGAUGGUAUCAAGUACUUUAUCAACUUGGUGUAUUUUUAUCAAGAUCAUCAAUUAGUUUUAUUCCUAUAAGAACUACUUGGUUUAUGUCAUUGUUACAAGCUACAAAUUUUGUAAUUUGUUUAUUACAAGUAAUCUAUGCUUACAUACCAUAUAUAUGGAUAAUGUUUAUGGUGAUAUUUUAUGAAGGUUGUUUAGGUGGUUUAACUUAUGUCAAUACAUUUUAUAAUAUUAUUCAAGUGACUUCUCCAAUUCAUCGUGAACAAGCAAUGGCUAUAGCAGCUGUAUCCGAUUCCAUUGGUAUAGCUUUAGCUGGAAUUCUAUCGAUACCUUUGCAUAAUUGGUUAUGUAAUCUAAUGAUUUAAUUAUUUGUUUUAUUACAAAAUCCAAAUGAAAAAUUAAAUUUUAAUUUAUAAUCUUUACUCUGGAUUACACUGUGAUAUAUUUAUGUAUGUUUAUUCAAUAUUUUAUUCUUCACAUAACUAAUAAUCGUAUUAUUAUUAUUAUUAUUAAAUAGUUUCUUGAUUAUGCAAUCAUUCAUUACGCUGGUAAUGAUGCCUUUAUUGUGUUUGAUUUAUGAUGUACAAAUCUUGUUGACCAGUGAAUUGUUUGUUGACUGUGAUAAUUUAAUUAGUCAAUUAAAUUAAU